UUUUUUUUUUUAUAUGACAAACGGGCAGGUGUUCCGUGUUCCAAAGUGCGGCGCGUAUAAUAAAGAAAUUUACCCCCUCUUUCCACACAUCUCUCCAGCCGGUUAUACACACAAUAUUUUAUUUGCGAUAAAAAAUACCUAAAAAUUUUCAUCAAGUUGAUAUUGUUUAAACAAUAAAAACGACACCGUUCAGUGUGUUUAAAGCUUGCUUGCUUGAUGAUAAGGCGUCAUCGCGAAUUUUUUUGUCUGGUCGCAAAAAAAAAAACAUUGAAAGAACGCACGGAAGCGAAAACAAAAAUCUGAUUUCAUUGGCAAAACGGUAAAUUGAUUAUUUGUGUGUGAAGAAAGAAAAGUUAAAUCUAUUUAUUUGCUACGUCACUGAAUAAAGAGGCUCUCGAGGGUUCUCCUCCAGGCACAAUAAUCUUUACCUUCUUCAUCAUUGUCACCUUUAUUUUUUUUAUGACGCAACGUCGCAAUUGAUACGACGAGUUGUCGGUGUGGUUUGUAAAUUUAAAGCGACCUUCAAAAUUCCCUUGUUUCGCGUGUUUUCUAAACAAAACCUGGCUAAUAUUGAAUUAACAAACAAACAAAAAACAUACAUAUCAUGAAUAUUGACACACUUGUCCAAGAGUGGGAAGAACUCACCGCCGAAUAUGUUGAACUUGAGGAAUGCAAUCGAAAGUACAUCGAUUUGCUGGAUCAAGUUCAGAAUUAUCAGCAAAAAUGCUUUAAUGAGAUUAAGCAUCAACGCUAUCGGAUGGGACAGAUUUCAGCAUCAAUAAAAGAAUGCAAAGCAGCACAAAGCGAAGAGGAGAAGGACAAAGUCGCCGAACUCAACAAGAACACCCUCAAGCGGAAAGCCCAACUCCAUGAAAUCGAGCAGUCUUUACCAAGAAAAUCCGGAUUCUAUUUAAAAAUUAUCCUGGGCGAUGUAAACGUAUCAAUACUGAACAGAAACGAUAAAGUUCGCUACAAAGACGACUAUGAAAAGUUUAAAUUAAUACUCAACGUAAUAGGACUGAUAAUGGCGUUUCUUAAUUUAAUAUUCAACUACAGGGCUCUGGAAUUAGCAUUUAUCUUCCUGCUGGUUUGGUAUUAUUGCACACUCACAAUACGUGAGUCGAUUUUGAAAGUGAACGGAUCCCGGAUUAAGGGCUGGUGGCGAGCACAUCAUUUCAUUUCGACAGUUGCUGCCGGAGUGCUGCUGGUUUGGCCACAGAGCGAGCCAUGGCAAUUGUUCCGGACGCAAUUCCUGUAUUUCAAUGCGUACAUAAGCAUGGUUCAAUAUUUACAAUUCGGCUAUCAGAAAGGAUUGUUGUAUCGCUUAAAGGCUCUUGGCGAACGUCACAACAUGGACAUCACCAUCGAGGGCUUUCACUCGUGGAUGUGGCGUGGAUUGAGUUUUCUUAUUCCCUUCCUCGUCAUUGGUUACAUUUACCAGGCCUACAACGCAUGGAAGCUCUAUCAGUUAUCAUUCCAUCCGGAUGCAACUUGGCAGGUUCCGGUGUUGUGUGUCCUCUUUUGCAUACUCUUCCUGGGCAAUAUGACAACAGUGCUGCUGAUUGUGCCACAGAAACUUAGAGAACGAGCAAAGGAGAACUAUCGCCUACUCAGUGUGGGUAAAUCAAUGAAGUUGGAAAAGAAAAUUACGGAUGAAAAUGCUACUACAAAUGACGGUUUGAGUCCUGUCAAGGAGGAAGCUGAAACCCCUUUAGCCACUACCCCAAUCACAACCACCACUACUACAACCAUUACCAUAACUACCAUCCCUGCCGAUGAAACCGAUAAAACUAAGUAAAUUGGCUGCAAAUGAAAAUUAUGUAUAACAUGUCGUUGUAUAUUGAAAGUUUUCAUUUCAUACAAAAAAAAAAGAAAAUUACUUAUCCUUAAUUUAUUACACAAGUCCUUUCCCUUGGGCAUGAUAACUAUCUAAUAAGUAGUUUAAUUUUGUUUUUUUUUAUUAUUAUUAUUUUUUUUUUCUAAUUUAUCUGCGAGUUGUGUGAAUUCUAUUAAAAAUAAG